UAUAGAUAUUAUGUAAAAACAGAAGAAGGCUUAAACUUACAAGGACUCUCACACUUUAGAAGAGAGAAAGAAAAGAGUAUAGGAGCAAUUAGCAAAAUACCCUGAAAUGAUUCCUGUAAUAGUGGAGAAGAUUCCAGGUUGUAAAUUACCUUAAUUGCAAAAAGUGAAGUAAAAUAAUUUAAAUGAUCAAAUAUAGGUUUUUAGUGAAUUCUAGUUUCUCUUUUAAUGAAUUCAAAAAUACAAUAAAAAAAAAAUUGCAAUUAGAUGAGAAGACUUCGACUUUAUUUAUGUACUGUGGUAAAAGUUUAAUGAAUGAACGUACAUUUUAUAAUAAAUAUGUAGAUGAUAAACUGAGAAAUAUUUACGAUUAGUAUAAAGAUCCAGAAGAUGGAUUUCUUUACUUAUAAUAUGCAGAUGCAGAAACCUUUGGUUUUUGAUAAAAUAAUAAUCUAUAUAAUAAUUAA